AUGACUGUCUUUGACAUCAGUCUACGAUACAGCGAUGAUACGGCGAUGUCAGCCAUCAGCGCAAGGCCGGCACCAACAGCUGAGGCCGGGGGAGAUUGGAGCACGUGUGCUCACCCCAAAGGCAUCUUCCUUUCAUCUGCAUGCAUCACUGUGGUCCCCUUGGACAAUACUGAUAAGAAGGGCCUCCAGGUGGGCAUCCAGCUGCCAGGCAGUGUACAGACGGGGCCUCAGCAGCAGAACCAGCAGCUCCUCUUGACCCCAGCCAGCCUCCAACUUGCUCAGCUCCAGGCCCAGCUUGCCCUCCAUCGCCUCAAACUGGCUCAGGGAGGCAAUACAGCCACUGCUGCCACUGUUCUCAAUCAGGUUCUUUCCAAUGUCAACAUGUCCCAGCCCCUGUUCAAUCAGCUAAGGACAUCAUCCAUGGUUGGGAAUCCACAGGGUGCCUUCCCCACAGGGGUGCUGGGUUUCCCAUCUUCAAAUUCAGCCUUGGGGGCCUUGGUGGGUGGUGGAUUCAGCCAAACCCCAGGGAAUGUGAGACUGAACCAUCCUUGUGGAGGGGGCACAAUGGGCCAAGAGGGCGAGGAAUUUGGUAAAAAAUCAGGAUCAACUUUCCCUUCUGAUACCGACCGGCGUCUUCAGUACAACUUUAGUGGAGGGACGUCUGCAGCAUCAGCCACUGCUAGGGAUGGACAGUACUCAGUGAUUAACACUCAGGCAAAGAACAUGACCAAUGUUGGUUUUCACAGAGAUUUCUAUGGGCAGGAUCUGCAAGGGCAACAAGCUGGGUUUAAUGUCAAUGAGCAGAAAAUGAAUGUCUAUAACUCCACUGGCCAUAAGGAGCAGUGGAAGGGCCAUGCUAACUUGACUCACACUGGAAAGGUGGAUAUGGCUUCUAAUCCUACCGUCUGGGCAGCAGCUGGACAGUCAGUUCGGUCCAGAACUGAAUUGUAUAACCCAGAAGAGCCAACCUCUGACCCCAAGUUAAUUUGCAGUACUGUGGUUUCCUCAUUUGGUUCAAGUGGCAAGCAGGGGUUUGGAGGCUACCAGCCUCUUCAUGGAAGUGAGGAAGCCUUAUCUUCAGGUACCAGGAUACUUCAACCUUAUCAAGUCAAUGAUUUCCACGCAGUGACACCCACUCAACUGCCACACCAGUGUAGCAUCUGUGACAAGAAGGUCUACAACCUUAAGGACUGGGACCAGCAUGUGAAGGGAAAACUACACCUGCAGAAUCGAACUUUGUAUACAGCUGAAAGCUCAGCGGUGGUAUCAGCUGGAGCUGUUCACUAUGCCGUCGGCAGGCCUUCUGAUGGCGGUCUGAACACUGCGGGAACGAACACCAUGGCCUGUUCUGCUGCAAGUCAAGAUGUAUCCUCAGGAUCCAGUACGACAUACUUGCCAGCUACAGCCAUGAAGACUUAUCCCAUGUCAGACACAGGAUUUCCCUCACACCAGCCAGAGUCAAAGCCAUUUCCUCCCAGAAAAGCCACCGCAGGUCGAGUCGUUCACAUCUGCAACCUCCCUGAAGGCAGCUGCACAGAGAAUGACGUAAUCAACCUGGGGCUACCCUUCGGCAAAGUCACCAACUACAUUUUAAUGCGCUCUACCCAUCAGGCGUUUCUGGAGAUGGCGUACAUGGAGGCAGCUCAGGCCAUGGUUCAAUACUACCAGCUGACUCCAGCUAUGAUCAACAAUCAGAAACUUCUCAUACGAAUGUCUAAGAGGUACAAGGAGCUGCAACUCAAGAAACCAGGUAAAGAUGUUCAGUCAAUCAUCCAGGAUAUUACCUCACAGCGGGGGAGGGAUGAAAUGCAGGAAGUUGAACACUACAUGCCAGAGAGAGCUCGAUCUCGCAGCCCAAUCAGCCGCUCUCUGAGUCCUCAUUCCCACAGUCCCAGUUUCACAUCAUGCAGUUCAGCCCACAGUCCUCAAGGUGCACCAUGCAGGGGUCCAGAGAGAGGCAGCAAUGGCCUGGGCCCCCAUCGGAGCUCCUGGGAUUGGCCGAGGGAGCGAGAUGACCCGUGGAGGAAUGGGAGCAGCGUAGAUGAUGAUCGGCCAAACGGACGGACGUCUGACCGUCGGAAGACCUACCAGAAACCCUUGGAUCAUCUCAGCCUGAGAUCUGCGGAUGAGCGAGGAGGAGGAGGAGGUGAAGGGAUGAAGGGCAGCAGAGACUGGCACCCACGAGGAAGCCCUCAAGGCUUCAACUCAUACAGGAAGAUGGAAGAUGAGUUCUACAUGGAACAAGCGUACAAGUCCGACAAGCCGCCAAGGCCUCCGUACCAACGGCACGAAACAAAGUCAAAGAGGAGGGACGGUGGCGACUACCACAGUAGAUCAAGACAUUCUGAGUUUGAGAUGACUGAGGAUUCACUUUGUAGAACAGCAGAAGACAAGAGGCAGAGUUCACCAGGCAGAAGCAGGAGCAAGAGAAGCAGCAGGAGGCACACAACUGCAGAGAAACAUGAGAGAGAAAAUGCUACUGAAAAUACUGAUCGCCAUUCAAAAGAAAAAUCUAUUUCACCUCAGCAAAGCAAUAAGCCAAAAGAAGCUACUGAAUGUUGUAAAGACACUGAGAAGGAGUGGGAAAGUGCAGAAGACACGGAUGAAGAGUGCUGGUAUCCUAAGAACAUGGAGGAACUAGUGACUGUUGAUGAAGUGGGAGAAGAAGAUGAUUCCAUUAUUGAGCCAGACCUUUCUGAGCUGGAGGAGUUUGCAUCCGGUCCUAAAGAGUCUGCGGUGGUCGAAUCAGUGGAGGAGCACGUAUUGUCAUCUGCAUCUUCUUUGGAGGUGCAGCAGACGUCGAAUGAGAAAUCAAAAGAGGAAGAGUCUUGUUUGAAUAUUGGAGAUCAGGCAGCAACAACAACUGAGAAAGCAGAGAAUGUUUCAACGGCAACCAGUCCUGAAGAGCAGAAAACCAGUCCAGUGGCUUCUGAGCUAGCGGUCACUAACCUGAGUGAAUUCCCCACUGAGGAGUUUAAGGCAGCACUGGAAGAAACAUGCACAGAGGACAGUAAAGUAACAAACAAUGGGCCACCAGAAGAGCCAGUGGAAAAUCACAUUUGUGAAUCAGAGGACAGUAAAACCCAGGAAGUAGCAUCGGUCAUGGAGACCAUCAAUAAUGUCCAACACAAGGAUGGCCUUCUUAAAAAAGAGAUUGAGGCCCCAUCGCCAUCGCGUGAACAAGACAAAGCUGUCAGUGAACACAGCAUCCCUUUGGGAGUGGAGUUCAUUGUGCCAAGGACCGGCUUCUACUGUAAACUCUGCGGCCUGUUCUAUACCAGCGAGGAAACUGCAAAGACAUCUCACUGCCGCAGCACUGUGCACUACAGGAACCUGCAGAAAUACUUGUCUCAGCUGGCAGAGGAAAGUCUGUCAGGCGCACUCACUGACCCUUCAGCUGCACAGUGACAGCAGCUUGACCUCUCACCUCUUGCACAGUGAACAGAAGAAGGAGUUGCGUACGUGUGCAGUUUGUGCAAAGCUAUGGACAACUACAGCAUGGAUAAUGUGACACAUUAAAACUACAAUAUUGUCAACAGUUGCAAUGGUUUUAGUAUUUGUGGGAGAGUGAGGCUUGAAGGUCUUGAAUAGCGCUGACAAUCUCAGACACAGAGGAUCUCACUUUUGUACAUACCUGAAGUGAAAUGUAUAAUUUUCUUACAGUUUUGUUUUAUUUGGAUUGUGUGAGAUAAAAAUAAUUACCUAUUUUAUUGAAUUGAAAAUGCAAUAUGCAUUGAAAGUUCCUAAAAAGACAGUCUUUUACAACAUGGGCUUAUAAUAGUCUGUUUGCUGAAUUCAAAUCAAUUCACAUUAUUCAAACAACAGAUAUGCACUUACAGCUGCAAAAUGACUUGAAAUAUAUGUUAAGGAAUGUUUUCACAGUGGCCCUGAGAGCACAAUGAGCUGCAACAUAAGAAAACAUGAAUAAAUAAAAACAAUAGAUGCACAUUUGUAGCACUUCUCAGUAUUUGGUAGCGUUUUCUAACUUUGCAGAUUUCUUUUAAAUGCUGUGCCAAUUGCCAGAUUUGUGAAGAUGUUUUCUCGGUUUGCUCGUGUUUUAUCUACUAGUAUUUUGCUGCAGCACAUUUAGAUCUCAGGGCCACUGUAUUUAUUCUCAGUUUAAAAACUGAAGCAGAUUCUCAGGUUCGUUGUGCGCUUUGAACAGAUUUCAGGGUAUUGAACAUUUACAUUUUCAUUUAUGUCUGGGGUUUUUAAAGUUAGGCUGUUUUCUUUCAUAGUGUACGUGUUUGUGCACUGCAAUAUCUCUCUGUCAGGUAAGAAUGUACAUCAUGGAGAAUAAUAAUGAUGCAACUAUGCAAAAGAUUUUUAUUUAUUAUGUUGGAUUUAAUUCAUAAGGCAAUCCCAGUCGUAUUUGUGAUCAUAUGUAAUGCCUUAAAUAUCAAAGACCUUAAACUGGACCAUGUGUUUUAUUUAUCAGUUAAACAUGAAGUGUUUCUGGUUCUGGAUUAUCAAGCCAGACUCUGUUUUUGUAUACUGUGAAUACUGAUCCUGUGACUUCGGUGAUAGUGUUGUCUUUCUUGACAAACUUUUCAUAUGAUUUUUGAUGCAAAAGACUUGAAUAAACAUUAUAAAUGU